UCGGUCGACGGAACAGUCGCGUACCUACUCAGUAGCGAUUCGAACUCGAAGUCGGUCGUGAGGAGUAUAUAUUAUUUGUUCUGUAAUGCGUACCGUGUAUCUAUUUUUCUUUAUUUUCUUGUACAUUCUAGUGUGUUGUGUUUCUUGCACUUUCGAAGAGAAUUGUGUCCAUAAGGAAUACGCUUCCGAAAACCGACAAACGAUGUUUUUACCAUUUGUCAAAUUUUUGUUCGUCAGUCCUCUGUGGAUUGUCGCAAGUGAUCACAGUAUUCUUUAUUAAUAGCAGAGUUGUGCGAGAUAAGAGAGCAAACAUUUUUCUAAGAUGUUGACUUCCAGUGCAAAUCAGUAUCUCCGUCCGGAAUAUCUUACACCUCUGCCAACUACGAAAACGUGAGUCGGCCUGGGUUACUGUGAAGGAAGUGCUAGCCAUUUGGAAUACAACAAAAAUACCAUACAAGCAAAGCAUUCGUGCCGUCGAGGAUAUCAAGAACUUGUACGAGCUUUGGCGUUCCUAUCAAAAAAAUAAGAAUAACCCAAAGAGUGCUGCCAAAUGUGAGGAGCUCAAAAAGUUGUUCAGGGUUCGUCUGGACUGUUUAUUUGAUCUGGACAAGAAGGAUGCUGUACAUGUAAUAGCCAUGAAUAAACAAAAUGCAAAAGACAGCAAAGACAAGGCAAGAUGGGAGGAAGAGAGGCUCCUUUACAUUGAUUAGCAUGGUCCGAGGGUUGGAACAAUUGGCGGAAUAGAUCUGAAGUUAAAAAGGCAAGAAGUUUUGAGGUUAGAAAAGGAAAAGAAGCGACAAUUAAAGGAACAGCAGAUGAAGGAACGGAGCGAGAAAGAAAUGAAAAAGGAAGAACUAGAAAAGGAAAAGCCUGUCUUGUCCAGCUCUAUUACGACUGACGACACGUCAUUCGAAGCGUCGUCGUAUGAUAGUCCAAAGCGAAAGCGCAGAUGUAUGGACGUCGUCAGUUCGAACGUAGUGGAUAUACUAGAUGCUGGAGAAGUUAACAACCGGAAGGCAGCCAAGCUGCUCUCAGCCAUCGUGUCAACGGUCGGCAUUCCUGUCAAACAAACAAACAUGAAUGAAAAAACGCUAAGAACAAAGAGGAAAGGUUUGCGCAAGUAAGCUGCAAGGAAAGUCAUACAUACUUUCCAGUCUGACUCAGUCUUGACUGUGCAUUGGGAUGGGAAAAUAGUUCCCCAUUUAACAGACAAAAAUGAAAAGCAAGAUAGGCAGGCGAUCAUUGUAACCGGCAAUUCAACCGUGCAACUCCUUGGCAGCUUCGCUAUAAAAAAUGGUACGGCAAAGGAAAUCGCUAAUGCGGUUGUAGGUUCACUCCGAAACUGGGGAAUAGUUGACGAGGUGAAAGCCAUGUCUUUUGACACAACGAAUACAAACUCAGGCACAACGGGUGGUGCGCGCGACAUUCAUAGAGGCUGAGUUAGAGAAACAACUUCUGUGGCUACCCUGCCGUCACCAUGUGUUUGAACGAGUUUUAGUUGAUGUUUUUCACUCGCUAAUGGGAGCUCUACUGGACCUGACACUCAGAUCUUCAAGAAAUUUUCAAAUGAUUGGAAAUCAUUGGAUUACGCGAAAUUUUCUGUGUGUGCUACGUUGAAAGAAUCGCGCAGUGCUCUGUCCACUUGUGCUGAGAGUUUGAUCAAGUUCGUUCUCAAUGAAAUUGAAGCAGGUCAACCACGCGACGACUAUUUGGAACUUCUGGAACUAAGUAUUAUCUUCUUAGGUGGAACGCCUCCUCGAGGCGUGCGGUUUCGUCGACCAGGGCCUUUGCACAGUGCGCGUUGGAUGGCGAAGGCUAUCUACUGCCUGAAGAUGGUCCUGUUUCGCACGCAGCUUGUGGCUCGGAAGUUGGAUGCGAAAAAAAGCCCGCUCGCACUCCUCGCUCAGGCUUGCAAUCAAAUAGGAGCAGACAUGCCGUCCAAUAAAUCUCUCCUAGGCUCGUUGGACAAGCCGUUGAAAUCUGCGGAUCAGUCGCGUGAAAAGUCGUCGCCAGCAAUCGCACCAACUGCAACGUCCGCAGACUCUAACAAGACCAAUUUUAAACCAUACGAGUCGUGUUUGGAUUCUGAGAAAGCACCAAGUCCAGACGAGCAACGUUCAUCCUCUAGUCAUUCGGUGUCUGGUCGAUCCAGGACACCUGGUAGCAGUAGUAAGCGAUGCUCGAGCAAUCACAGCGCCUCAUCUGUUCAAGCAGUGACACCGCAAGGUCGGAAAACUGCGACACCGAACAGCGAUAUUACUCGAGAAUCACCUGUUGCGAGGAUGUCGUUGACUCAACUCGAGUCGUCAAAUUCGUCGCAACCAACUGCAGCCGUUACCUCCAGCAGUGUUCUAGCUAUGACAGAUCCGUUCGUCAAGGAUCUUCCGUUGGGAAUUUUCAAGCCAGGAGUCAGUUUAUCAUCUUGGAGUUCCGGCUAUCUAGCCUAUAACCUGCAAUCACCUGUCGACGCAAUGGCCAGUUCUUUAGUGUCUCAGCACCAUGCAGCGUUAAAAAAUGGUUUAGUAACUGGAAACCCAUAUUUGAGUUACGCUAGAUUAAAGACUGCUAUAUGCCCCGACGCGCUAAUGCCCUUAUGCCGGGAUCCAUACUGCAACGGUUGUCAACUAAAUUCUCAUCUAUUCGUUAGCUCUGCGAGUGCGGCAGUCGCUAAUGGAAAACUAACUUCUAGCAGUGGUAGCACAUCCGGUUCCUGUCCUGCUGGUUGUACUCAGUGCGAUCACAAGUCCGAUACGCCUUAUGGAACAUUGGGUGUUGCCGCUUACGCUCACGCACAGUUGGCUACCAUGGCUGCGACCUCGCAACUUCCCUACAUUUGCAAUUGGAUCGCCAGUGACACCGCCUACUGCGGCAAAAGGUUUUCCACGUCGGACGAGUUGUUACAGCAUCUGAGGAGUCACACGAGCGUGUCGGCCAGUGGAACCACGGAUUCUUCGGUGGCCACGAUGUCUCUGUUGUCGCCUUCCAUUGAAUUACCACCAACGCAUCUGUUAUUUUCUAGAACUUAUCCUACGCCUCCUUUGAGUCCGUUUGCAACUGCGCGUUAUCACCCAUAUGGAAAAAGUUCCCUAUUAUUUCCACCGUCCCUAUCAUCGUUAGGUUUACCCCUUCCACCGCCGCAUCCGCAUAGUCUUGCGGGUCUGUCACCGUAUUUCUCUCCAUAUUCGCUAUACGGAAAUUCUCGUCUUGGGGCCGCGUCCGGUAUGCCUCAGUAACUUCUCGAACCUUAUUCCCUUGGACGCGGGCGUGUACGAAAGUAUCAAUUGUUUAACUGUGAUCUAUGUGUGAAGUAUGAAGCGUGAAGGAUGAAGUACGAAAUAUAAAGUGUUUGAUAGAUAAGUUUAAAACGCGAGCGAGUGACCGAUCGACCGAAAAUACGGAAUUCAAACGUAAAUAAGUGUAUUAUCGUUAAGAAAAAUCGCGUAAUUUCAUUUAAAGAUGAAAUUGGUUCCUCGAUGUUGUUCGCGGUAACGAUAAUAUACCUAAAUCUACGGUCUUGCAACUUUUUUCGUUUCGUCAAAUUACUUUACCAAGACAUCUCAUCGAUUCGAUAUACCUUCUAAUGCAAUUGUAUACCUACAAAUUAUUAUAUCAAUGACAAAAUUCACAGCACUCAUUUUAUGACUUUGUAGAAGUGUUUAUAUCUUUGUUGCGCUAAUUCUUUAUAUUUCCAAUAUAUCGAAUCUUUGGAAAAAACUAUUAAACUAACCUGCAAACAUUAGCGUAUCAAAUAUUUAACUGUGAUUCUUUCGCCAGUAUAACGGUGCGUAUAGUAAGUAGGAGCAAAUCUGGAGCAAACGGUUGUCUCAAACAAAAAUUUUGCCUAACGUAUAAUACACAAUUAUUAAUUAUCGUAGUGUAUAUUUCACGGGCUCUUUUGUAUCGUGACCUUAGGUUAUUGUGCAAUGCUCAAUGUUAUUAAUACGUAUCGUCUUUGUAUACCCAUUAUUUUUGGAUCGUUGUUCAAAUUUUACAAUGUUUACCACCUUUGAUUUGUAAUUUUCACAACAAUUUAGACUCGAUUGCUCUUACGUGCUUCUAAUUGUUCCGCGACGUAUAAACUGAAGCAUUGUAGCUGACGUACUACGUCCAACAUACCAUACCACUUAAUAUGUAUUGUAAAAUGAAACAAACGUGUGCCACGGAUAACGUUGAAAAACCAAUGUUCAACUGUGAUUUCCGAGUGAGAAAGGUAAUGUCGGUGUAUCAGAUAUAUUGCACUUCCGCCACAGAGAAUUAUUGCAUGUAUGUUACAUGUGUACGUGUAAGUUUAGAAUUUAUCGAUACAUCUGCGAUUGCGGUCUUUUAUUCGAUACAAUUUAUAAUAAGAGGCUAAUUCUAGCAUCAACGCGUGCACACGAAUCUUCAGCCGACCAGGAUAUAAUUAUUUCCAAGUACAUCGAUCAAAUGUAAAGAUACUCGACUAGAAAUUAUGGCGUUGCUUUAAGAAUAGUACAAAAAAAUGAAACAAUCAUCUCAAUGCAAUCGUUAAGAGUAUUUCUCUUGUUUAUUUCAACUGCAUUGCAACUUAUUUAUAUUUAAAUAAAAAACAGCAGUAACGCGCUUAAAAAGACGUCAUACAAGAGACAACUAUUCGUUAUUUAUGGACGGCAUAAGCUCAAAAUUGUAUUUGUUUUUGUUAUGAAAAUAUAUUUCUCAUGUACAACGUUA